AUGUCAACAAACACUUCAGUGCGCACUGUGGCAAAAAAAGUUGGUAAUGCCGGAAUUCGACUUGCGGAUGGAAGAAGCUACGAUUACGGACGUUUGGAGAUUUUUGUCAAUGGAAAAUGGGGAACUGUUUGCGAUUACUGGUUUGGUUAUAACGAUGCUCAAGUUGCCUGUCGACAACUUGGUUUCAUGAAAGCAAAAUAUAGCUACACGCAUGGUGGCGGGAGUGGACCGAUUUGGCUUGAUCGUCUACAAUGUGGCGGAUCGGAGAAUAAUUUACUUAGCUGUAAACAUCGAGGUCUAGGGGUGAAUGGUUGUAACCAUGGCGAAGAUGUUGGCGUGGUAUGUGAGUUUUUGGGGAGUUAUCUAGAAAAUACGUUUUUCUGGAAAGGCGUUAAGUUUAAAAACUCGAAGAUACCUUCAACACUACAAUACGUGGAUAUUUCGCAUGCUUUUAAAGCUAUAUUUGGCGAUGAAUACCUACCUGAGAUUGAUCAUGUGAGAGUCACGAAUUCUGCGCUUGGUGUGACAUCCAUCAACCUAAAGUCUCCCCUGGUUUUGACAGACAUCGCUCUCAGAGACAACAUCUUUGCUGGAGUUCAGAUAACUGGAAAAUCGAAGACUAUCGAAAUCAGAAACACAAUCGUUGCUAAUACAAGCAAAGGGGAUGGAUUCUCCUACGCUGGAAUUGAAGAAACGGUCGAUUUUUGCUCAGUCAUUGAAGAAAAUGUUAGCUUUCCAAUUACGUUUCGCGCGGUUGGACAAGCUAGAAGGAAUGUUGAAUGUUCAAAAGUUUUUCAAAGUGUUGGAGGAAAUCGGCUUGUUAUUUAUGUCCAUUCGACACCUGACUCUAGUCAAACUUUUGAAUUGUUUGUUUACGACGGAAUCGCAGCUAAUGGUACCCUACUUGUUCACGUCAAGUCGGUUGCCAAGAAGGAACAAUAA